AUGCCAGGAUUGGAUCGAGGAUUGGUUGAGCAUAGGUUAGCCAUGAUUCUUGGAAAGAAACCUGUUAAGCAAAGCCCUCGAAGGUUCGCUCCUGAAGUAAUCGAAAAGAUAAAAGAAGAAAUCGAGAGGUUAUUGAAAACAAAGUUCAUCAGAACCUCAAGAUAUGCUGAGUGGAUAUCAAAUAUCGUGCCCGUUAUAAAAAGGAAUGGAAAACUCAGGGUAUGCAUCGAUUUUCGAGAUCUCAACACAGCUACUUCCAAGGAUGAGUAUCCUAUGCCUAUUGCUAAGACUAUGAUAGAUGCUGCUGCAGCAGGAGAGUUUCUGGGAUUUGUCAUAUACCAGAAGGGGAUCGAAGUGGAUAGAAAUAAGACUAAAGCUAUCAUGGAAACUAGACCUCCAUCGAACAAGAAAGAACUUCAAUCUCUCCUAGGUUCUAUUACUGACAGAAAAUCUACUUCUGGGUAUUGUAUUUUUCUUGGAGAUAGUCUCGUAACGUGGAGGAGCAAAAAGCAAGAUAGAGUAUCUCGUUCUAGUGCAGAAGCUGAAUUCCGAGCCCUUGCUCAAGGAAUGUGUGAAGGUACAACAAUCAACCUACCUUGUCUUCUCCUUAUCAGCAUGGAAUUCUUGGACCUAGACCUCAAUUUACUCCUCAAGUCCAAUUCACCUCCACCCAGCCACAACCUCAAGCCAUGA